AUGAAGCUCUCAGAUAUGCUCAACUUUCUGAAGCUCAACCACGUGCCUGCCUUCCUCGUCAGGAGCCUCUUCCGACAGAUCUAUGCACUCGUCAACGCCGAGCUCUUUAACCGCUAUCACAGUGCCACCUUUGUGACGGGUGCUAUGAUGGAUGCCAUUCAUGAGAAGUGCAAGAAAGAGGUUGCUCGUUAUGACACCGAUGCCUUCCUCCUCGAUACCGACCAUAACCUCGCGGCGCUAUUGCAAGCAACCAUGGCUACACAUUGGCGUAGUUCCUUCCGUCCCCUUCUGCUGCUGCUGGCGGUGCUGCUCGCGCGGCAUACAUGCGUACAGGCAGCGGACAAGGCGAACGCCACUCAGCCAGCAGCGGACGACCCCGUGGUCAAAGCAGAGAAGGAAGCAGGCGAUAUCGUGCCCCAAGGGGCGUGUAAGGCGGAAAUAACAGCCUACUGUUCGGACCUACCCACAGGCAACCGCUCUCUGGAGCGGUGUUUGAGCACACAGGUCAAGAUGGUGAUGGCGGGGAAAGUAAAAGCGAACCCCGAGUUCUCCGCGGAGUGUUUGCUGGAGAUCCGCAACUUCAAGAUCGCGCUGUACAAGGACAUCAGCAUGAACAAGGAGAUGGUGGAGGCGUGCAAGGAGGACAUCGCAUCCUUCUGUGAUGACGACUUUCUCUACCCCGAGCCCGGCAACGUGCUCGCAUGCCUGCGGGAGAGCAAGGAAUCAGGGCGUGUAUCAGACCAGUGCGCCACAAUGGUGUUCGAGGCGCAGGAGGAUGCAGCAGACGAUUUCCGCAUGGAUCCGCAGCUGAACAUGCUGUGCUCCAAGGACGCGGAUACCUACUGUGGGGACGUGCAGUCAGGCGAGGGGCGCAUUCAGGAGUGCCUGCGGCGCAACCGCAAGAAGCUGAACUGGGAGUGCCAGGCGGAGCUGUUCCGGCAGGAGGUGGAGAACGCCGAUGACAUCCGCCUCAACGUGCGCCUCUUCCGAGCCUGUCUGGACGACAAGCGGCGCUUCUGUCCUGACGUGCUGCCCGGGGAUGCACGCGUGAAGGACUGCCUGGAGGAGCACCGCUCCGAGCCCGAGUUCUCCAAGACCUGCAAGGCGGAGUUUGACAAGAUGAUGGAGCGCAGGGCGGUGGACUUCCGCCUCGAUGCCAGCCUGCGCAAGUACUGCCACAAGGACAUUGUGGAGUACACGCUGCAUGGCACACAUCACAUCACACACAGCAGGGCGGUGGACUUCCGCCUCGAUGCCAGUCUGCGCAAGUACUGCCACAAGGACAUCGUGGAGCCUGCCUUUUUUGUUCAUGCUCGUUUUGCGCUCUCUUCCCAGACGUGCUACCCGGACGCGGAGGACAUCAGUGACGUGGCGAACUGGGACAGCAAGGUGAUGGAGUGCCUGCAGGACUACAAGGAGGAGCUCAAAGACCCGCGCUGCCGCCAGCAGGUGCACCGCCUGACCAAGAGGGCAGCAGAGGACAUUCGAUUCGACCACCCUCUGCAUGACGCCUGCCAGCCCGACCAGGAGAAGCUGUGUAAGGACGUGCCGAGCGGCCACGCACGGGUGUUCACGUGCCUGCAGGACCACCGCAAGGACCUGCGCCCCGUGUGCCGCGCUGCCCUCUUUGACCAGGAGAUCCGCUACGCGGGAGACAUAGACUUCAAGUUUGCCAUGCGCCAGGCGUGUGCCGACGAGAUGAAGCGCCUGUGCUCCAAAGCACCCGACAUGGUGAAGUGUCUGCAGGACCAUGUGGCAGAUGCGGACAUGGGCAAGGCAUGUGCCGACGAGGUCAAGAGGGACGAGCAGCGCAGCGCACAGGAUUUCCGCCUCAACUUCCGUUUGAACCACGCAUGCUUCGAGGACGUGCAGCACCUCUGCAUAAACGCCUGCGCCCCUCCGGGCGUCGAGGGCGCCAUGGCUGCUGCAGCAGCGGCCGCAGGGCAGGCGUGCGGAGGGGCGGUGCUCAAGUGCCUGUCGGAGAAGGUGUCUCAGCUGCAGAACGCUGAGUGCCGCGAGGAGGUGUUUUACUUUGAGCGCAGGACCGUGGAGGACCCAGCCCUGGACGUGCCUCUGCAGCAGGCGUGCAAGGACGAUGCGGACAUGUACUGUGGUGUGUGCCCCCACUGCCACUUCCACCUACUGACCGUGGAGGAUCCGGCCCUGGACGUGCCCUUGCAGCAGGCGUGCAAGGACGACGCGGACAUGUACUGUGGCGCGGGGGCGGGGUAUGCGGGGAGGGACCACAGCCGCACGCUCUCCUGCCUGCGGCAGAACAGGAAGAAGCUGUCCGCCAAGUGCAAGGCGGAGGAGCUGCGGUUCACCGCCAUGGAGGUGGGUGCAGUGCGCCGCACGCUCUCCUGCCUGCGGCAGAACAGGAAGAAGCUGUCAGCCAAGUGCAAGGCGGAGGAGCUGCGGUUCACUGCCAUGGAGGCGUCCGACAUCCGUCUAACCCCCACGCUCAUGAACGCGUGUGCCCUAGAGCUGCACCAGUUCUGCCAUCCAUGUGCCUUAGCCUUGUCUCUCGCUCUCUCCUCUCUUUCUCUUCCCUUUCCUCCGCUCCCCCCCUUGCUCGCCCACCACCAGGCAUCAGACAUCCGUCUGACCCCCACGCUGAUGAACGCGUGUGGAUUGGAGCUGCACCAGUUCUGCCGCGGAGUGCCGCCCAUGGGCGGCCAUGCCUUCCGCUGCCUGCAGUGGCACAUCCAGGAGUCCGGCAUGAGUGUAGCCUGCCGUGCUGAGGUGGACCUGCAGACCAUGCGCCAGUCCCAGUACUACCGCACCGACAUCGCGCUGCAGCUGCAGUGCGAUGCUGACGUGGAGGAGAAGUGCAGCGAGGUGGACGAGGCGGCGGAGAUGUCAAUGGGGGACCAGGAGGCAGAGGGCGACUACGGGCCUAUCCUGCGCUGUCUGCUGCAGUCGUACCAGACCCUCAAGCCUGCCUGCCAGUCCGAGGUGACCUAUGUGGUGCGCAACGCCCUGUGGAUGUACCACAGCAACGCGCCCCUCACCAAGCCAUGCCACACUGACAUUGACACCCUCUGCAACAGCACCAACGUGGCGGGGUUCAGCGAGCACAAGGGCGCCGUGGUGGGGGUGUUUGGGCAGUGCCUCGUGGACACGCCUCUCACUAAGAUCUCGGAUAAGCAGUGCCGGCAGAUGGUGGGCGUGGUGGCGGGCAGUGGCGGGCACGUGGGAGGGCUGGUGAAUGAGAAUCAGCUGGAGGACACGCUUACUAAAAUCGCAGAGAUCCAGCUGGUGGCUCAGGCUGAGGCGGAGGAGCAGGCAGAGGGCUCUCCACUAGUGUUGACGGGCUGGCUGGCCUUCAUUGCCAUCACAGCCCUCGCUGCUCUGCUGCUUGGUGGUGGCUUCUUCAUCUACCGCCGCUACUUUGAUCCUCGCCGCAACUACACUGUGGUUGUCAAGGCUGGCGAUGUGUGA